AUGAGGACGGGAGAGUGGGUACGGCAGCUUUGGGUGGAGUUGGCAGUAAGGGCGGGCGUUCAGAGUUCUGGGUGGAGCUAUCCCAGCCAAAACACUUCAGGAACAACCAGACGUGUGAGAUGGCACAUUACGGCCUAUGGAAAUCAUGUGUUCGCACGCUAUGGGUGUCAGAUAUUGACCCAGAGAGAGAGAGCUGUGGACCUGCAGAACUGCCUGGAGAAUCAAACUGCACAUUCUUUAAAUUCUACACUUCUGGAGAGAAUGCUGUCAUAUUUAAGAAAACGACAGAAAAAAUGCAUUGGCAUGAUUAUUGAAUACCCCAACAAAAUAUAUGCCGAAAAGUAUCUGGACGCCCUGAGGUUCAAAGGUUUGCAUAUAGCAGGUGCAAUGUUGGCUUUGUUGAGUUUGUUUCUGAUGAUCAUGGGCUCUGUGUGUAUCACUAUGUCUCUCAGUAAGAGUGUGCCCUUCUUCCUCAAGCCUGCUACCAUCUGCUUCGUCUUCUCAGGUAUCCUGGUCCUCUUGUCCAUCAUAAUUUUCCACCAGUCUGUGCUGGCGUUGUUGGCAAGCGAUCACAGUAUCCCUCUCCAUCACGAGUUGUCCUGGUCAGUGGCGUGUCUUGGCUCGGCUGGGGCCAUUCUCAUUUUUGGAGGGCUUAUGUUCCUGUUGCUUUCCCUCCCCUACAACCCCCUGGAGAAAUGUUUUCGUCAGCAGAGCAGUAGUGAUGCCUAGCUGUCAGAGGACUGCCAGCGAGUUAAGUAGCACAAGAUCUUUUAUACUCUUAUGCUGUUUGUGGAGAUUAACUGAUGUUAUAAAGGACUCUCAAAAGCUAAUGUUUUGCAAUAACUAGCAUUAGUUUGCUCAUCGAUUAAGAUUAUAGACCUUAAUGCUCAUACACCGACUCUGAAAUUUGAACUAAUAUUUCUAUGAUGGUUAUGUACAUAAAAUCAGUGACCAACAGAUCUGUUUACUGUCUUGAAAGGCUUCAUUUACACAACAUGCUGUGCUAUUAUGUGUUGUCCCUUUAUCUGCAUUUGUAUAAGAAAACUUAUUAAACUUAUUUGAUUACUAGGCAUAUAAUACUGAUUUAUCAGGUAUCUGUGGGUUGAAAGUGUUUUUUUUUUUUUUAAAUAGGCCAUCCUAUCAAUGCUAAAGGCCUGUUCAAGAAAGAAAACUAUAUUAGUGUCAGAUAACAUUGUUUAUUAUAAGAGGACACUGCAUUUCUUUUUUUUUUUUGCCUGCGGUUUUUGCCUAAAUACUAGAGGUCUUUAAAGUUGAAUGGAUUCUGAUUGGCCAUCAGCGCUUUUAUCAUUCAUCAGCUAGAAAAAAAAAACAAUUCUGAAAAUGAUUCCAGCAAUAUUGUUCCUCUGUGGCAUUUUCAUUAUAGCUGUGGUGUGGACUUCUCAUUUCUCAUAUAAUUAAAAUGAUUAUUAAAACUUUACAGUUGUAGUUACCAUUAUAGUUAUUGUCUUUGAUGCAAACAGGCCUUUUAGAAUUAUUUCAACUGAAAACCAGCUUUCAGUGUUGAUUUAUACUAGCAAGUGAUGCCUUAAAAUUGGCAGGUAAGCUUCAUUGACCAGAAUUAUGUUUAUGGUGAAGCUGGUUGACCAGAUUAACUAGUCUUGCUUGUUGUAAAACCAAAUGGGAACAUCAGCACACUAGCAUCACAACAUAAGCCUGGUGACCAGCUACAGCGAUCCCAAAAAGUAACAGUAAAUGCUACUUGGUUUGGUUAUUAGCUAUAAUUGGGAUCACUUUAUAAUGAUCUUUUCUGCUUGGUUUUCAAUGAACAAAGUCAUCAGCAGACUGGAUAUCAUAGAUUUCAGUGCAUAGAUUUAAUGGGAUGGUUUAUUAUUUAUUUAUAUAAAUGUAAAACGAUGCUUAAUACUAUACAUAUGAAACGGAUGCGUUUAUAAAAAUGAUGUACGAAAUUGAUUGAUGUGCAUGAUAUGGACCCAUUGUCGAGCCACAUUUCUAUGUAAAUACUGUGUGUUUAUAUUGUACUCCAGCUUUUCUUUAGACACAUCCCUUAUCCCUAUACUGAAGACCCUGUCCUUCACUGAACUUUCUUUCAUGUCUGUUCUUCACUUGGUUGUUUGUCACUCUCUAUUCGUCACGCUCUUUCUCGUUCACUAGAUUUGCUUGAGGAUUAAAUCUCUUUCACCUAA